UAGCCGUCAACCGGAUGACGAUUCGACGAUUGACGUCGAAUGUAUGCUUGUCAUUGGAUAUGAAUUUUCUUCAAAGAUGGUUCUGUAAUAUCCUCGUUAGUGUACAGUUUGCUGAGAAACGGACGGUUGAUAUGACAGUAUUUCUAUCCGACACAGGUAACAAUUGGACCCAGUAGAAGCAAAAGCCACUGCCAUGUAUUCGGAAUGGAGGUCUCUGCACCUGGUGGUGCAGAGCGACCUAGGCCACCUGAGUGUCCUUCACUCGUACCCUCCGGUGGUGGGGCGUGACGUGGCCAAUGCAGUGGUUAGACCUCUGGGGGUGACCCUGGGCACCCCGUCCACCGAUAACAUGCUCAAGACCGACAAAGAGGUGAAGUGGACAAUGGAGGUGCUGUGCUACGGCCUAACCCUGCCUUUGGACGGGGACACGGUUAAGCUGUGCGUGGACGUCUACACGGACUGGAUCAUGGCGCUGGUCGCUCCGCGUGACUCCAUCCCCCAGCCAAUCGCCAAGGAGCCCAACCUCUAUGUGCAGACCAUCCUCAAACACCUCCACAACCUCUUCCUGCCCAGGCCGGAGCAUUACAGCCCCAUGCACUUCCGGCUGUGCCAACAGGUGCUGACGGCAGUGCAAAAGCUGGCCAGGGAAUCGGGCGGCGGCAUGGCCCGGGAGACCUGGGAGGUGCUGCUGCUCUUCCUGCUGCGAAUCAACGACACCCUGCUGGCCCCGCCCACAGUUGGAGGUGGGAUAGCGGAGAAGCUGGCUGAGAAGCUGAUCAGCGUGCUGUUUGAGGUGUGGUUCCUGGCCUGCAUGCGCUGCUUCCCCACACCGCCCUACUGGAAGACGGCCAGGGAGAUGCUGGCCAACUGGAGGCACCACCCCCCCGUGGUGGAGCAGUGGAGCAAGGUCAUCGCCGCCCUCACCUCCAGACUGUUGCGGUUCACCUACGGUCCAUCCUUCCCUCCGUUCAAAGUCCCAGAUGAGGACGCCAACAUGAUCCCUACUGAGAUGGACAACGACUGUGUGGCUCAGACCUGGUUCCGUUUUCUUCACAUGCUGAGUAACCCGGUGGACCUUAGCAACCCGCUGACGGUCAGCUCUACGCCAAAGUUCCAGGAGCAGCUGCUGGGGGUGAGCGGCGUGCCCCAGGAGGUGAUCCAGCAGCAUCCCUGUCUCAAUCAGCUGCCCCAGAUCUUCUUCAGGGCCAUGCGGGGGGUCAGCUGCCUGGUGGAUGCCUUCCUGGGUGUCUCCCGUCCCCGGUCGGACAGUGCCCCGCCCACCCCUGUCAACAGACUGAGCAUGCCGCCGCCCACCACCAACACCACGCCCCCUCACAACCGUCGCCACAAACCCACAGGGGUCACAAAGACGGCCAGUAAAACCUCAACGGCAAGCAUAACACACCAACCCAAAGUGUCCCACCAGCCGUCCUCCUCCUCCCCCCUGUCCAGCCCCAACCAGACCAGCUCGGAGCCCCGGCCGCUGCCUGCCCCCACCAGGCCCAAGGUCAACAGUGUCCUCAACCUUUUUGGCCAGUGGCUUUUUGACGCCGCGCUGGUGCACUGCAAGCUCCACGCAGGCCUGAGCCGGGACAACAGCAUGACUGCCCUGGCCACUCAGACAGGUGUGGAGCUGAGGAGGAAGGGCUCCCAGAUGUCCACAGAUACCAUGGUGUCCAAUCCCAUGUUCGACGCCAACGAGUUCCCCGACAACUACGAGUCGGGCCGGGCUGAGGCCUGUGGAACCCUCUGUAGGAUCUUCUGCAGCAAGAAGACUGGCGAGGAGAUACUGCCCGUUUAUCUGUCCAGGUUCUACAUGGUUCUGAUCCAGGGCCUCCAGAUCUCCGACUACAUCUGCCGACCGGUGCUGGCCAGCAUCAUCCUCAACUCCUCAGCCCUCUUCUGCUCCGAUAUUAAGGGCAUUAAUGUGGUGGUCCCCUACUUCAUCUCAGCCCUGGAGAACGUCCUCCCUGACCGAGAGCUGUCAAAGUUUAAGACAUACGUGAACCCCACUGACCUGAGGAGAGCUUCCAUUAACAUCCUGUUGUCCAUGCUGCCUCUGCCACACCACUUUGGCAAGGUCAAGUCAGAGGUGCUCUUGGAGGGCAAGUUUAGCAAUGAUGACAACUCGCUGCACGACAAGGCCGUCACCUUCCUCUCCUUCAAGCUGCGAUUGGUCAACAUCCUAAUAGGAGCGCUACAGACGGAGACGGACCCCACCAACACGCAGAUGAUCCUGGGUGCCAUGCUCAACAUUGUCCAAGACUCUGCUCUCCUGGAGUCCAUCGGCGCCCAAGCGGAGGUGGGCAGUGUGGAUGGCAGCCAUGCUCUGGCUAAAAGCCACAGCAGGAACAACAGUGGCAUCAGCAACGCCAGCGGGGGCAGCUCUGAGGCCACCACCCCCGACAGCGAGAGGCCCGCCCAGGCCCUCCUCAGAGACUACGCUCUCCACACAGAUACAGCCGCCGGCCUACUGAUCCGCAGCAUCCACCUGGUCACCCAGAGGCUCAACUCCCAGUGGAGGCCCGACAUGAGCAUCUCCCUGGCCGCUCUGGAGCUGCUGGCCGGCCUAGCCAAGGUGAGGGCGAGUGUGGAGUCAGCGGACCGUAAACGUGCAGUCAGCUCGGUGUGCAGUUAUAUCGUGUAUCAGUGCAGCCGGCCGGCCCCCCUCCACUCCCGAGACCUGCACUCUAUGAUCGUGGCGGCCUUCCAGUGCCUGUGUGUGUGGCUGACAGAGCACCCCGACAUGCUCAAUGAAAAGGACUGUUUGAUAGAGGUGCUGGAGAUUGUGGAGCUGGGAAUAUCGGGCAGCAAGUCUAAGACCAGUGACCAGGAAGUGCGGUACAAAGGGGACAAGGAGCACAAUCCGGCCUCCAUGAGGGUGAAAGAUGCUGCCGAGGCCACCCUGUCAUGCAUAAUGCAGGUCCUGGGGGCGUUCCCGUCGCCCAGUGGCCCCGCCUCCCCCUGCAGCCUGCUGAACGAGGACACCCUGAUAAAGUACUCCAGGCUGACCUCUACCAGCCGCAAGAACUUCCGCUACUUUGUCCUAGACAACUCUGUCAUCCUGGCCAUGCUGGAGCAGCCGCUGGGCAACGAACAGACAGAUCCCUGUCCAUCCGUGACCAUGUUGAUAAGGGGGAUGUCUGGGAGACACGCCUGGACCAUGCAGCUCUUCCACCAACCCAGGGGGGCCCGUGCCAGCCAGAAGCAGGUGUUUAUCCCAGAGAGUCGGCCCACUCCCAAAAAUGAUGUGGGGAUCCGGUUGAACGUCAAACACAGACCCUUCCCAGAAGAAGUGGAUAAAAUUCCAUUUGUGAAAGCAGACCUGAGCAUUCCGGACCUACACGAUAUCGUAGAUAAGGAGCUGGAGAUGCAGCACGACAAGCUGCGAGGUGUGAUGGCCAAGCAGAUCGAGUACGAGACGAUGCUGGAGCACGGCAGCGAGGAGCGCUGGAGCAGCAAGAGCUUCCCAGACGUGCUGACGGACUGCAAGCCCCCGACUCCCUCGCAGGAGUUCCAGACGGCCCGCCUCUUCCUGUCGCACUUUGGCUUCCUGUCACUGGAGGCACUCAAGGAGCCCGGCAACAGUCGCCUACCUCCACACCUGAUUGCACUGGACUCUGGGUUGCCGGGCUUCUUUGACGACAUGAGCUACCUGGACCUGCUGCCCUGCCGGCCUUGCGACACAGUCUUCCUCUUCUACAUGAAGGCCGGCCAGAAGAGCAGCCAGGAGAUCCUGAGAAAUGUGGAGUCGAGCGCCAACGUGCAGCAUCACUUUCUGGAGUUCCUGAUGUCGCUGGGCUGGCCCGUGGAGGUGGGGCAGCACCCGGGCUGGACAGGCAGCGUCUACACUAGCUGGUCCAUCAACAACCACAACAACAAUGGAGACAGCAUCCAACCAGAUGAUACUAUCACCCUGGGAGACACGGGCGGGGGCGUGUUCAAUGGAGAGAAGCGGGUGCUGUACUACGCCGACGCCCUGACCGAGAUCGCCUUUGUCGUUCCCUCGCUCACAGACUCCUCCGCUGAGUCAUCGGAAAGCAGUUUCCCCACAGUGGAUUCUGACUCUCAGAUGGAACUGCUACCCAACCUGCUGAAACAGUCCAACCUCACACUGGAGCUCUUCCCCAACCACUCUGACAACGUGGCACCCGCACAGAGGAGUCCUACGGUGAAGUCUAAGAAGAUGCCUCCCGGCAGGACCAUCCCUCCAAUGGGACCAGAGACAAAAGUACUGGUGGUCUGGGUGGAGCGCUACGAUGAUAUCGAGAACUUUCCCCUGGCUGACCUGCUGGUAGAGACGAGCACUGGAGUGGAAACCACGGCCAACAGUAGCACCUCAACAAGACCCACCACGUCCGGUCAGGAUGUGCAGGUGAUCUUCAUCCACCCUCUGAAGACGGGCCUGUUCCGGAUCCGCCUGCAUGGGGCCCUGGGAAAGUUCAGCAUGGUCGUCCCCCUGGUGGAUGGCAUGGUAGUCAGCAGGAGGUCACUAGGGUUCCUGGUAAGGCAGACGGUGAUCAACGCUUGCCGGCGGAAGCGGCUGGAGAGUGACUCGUACAACCCUCCACACGUGCGUCGGAAACAGAAGAUCGCCGAGGUGGUGAACCGCUACCGCAACAAGCAGCUGGAGCCCGAGUUCUAUACCGCGCUCUUCCAGGAGGUCGGCGUGAGCAGCCUCGACCGUGACCCCACCCCCGAUGAACUUUGAACUUUCACCUCCCUCCCCACAAGGACUGCAAAGAUUCUUUAUAUUUAUAAAAUGUUUCUCUUCUUCUUUACUUUGUUAUUUAUAUUAUCAGCACUUGGUGGCCACGUUCCAAGUCGACAAUUUAGUUUCUCCCCAACCCGCACUGCAACACUGCUCAUCUGCAACUUACUCUAGUUCUACCCAAGCCUUGUAGGACUCUUUGAUGGUGUCUGGUUGUGGCACUAACCUCACCAGGCUGCGAGGCGUCAGGCUUGGGCAAAGGAAGCACCUUUAGUUUUGAGGAGAAGGUAUAUGCUUAAACAACUGACUAUAAACUUGUGACACGGCACGUGGCAAAGUGAUUGCUAUCGGCGCUCAAUUCAAAAUGGCUUCCACUCUGUGGCUGUGACUAGUUCCCACAGCCGUCUCACUGUGGUUUUUCAAGUCCGAUUCUUCUGUUUGCUUUUCUAUGAAAUGCAUCAGUCUGUCCAUUUCCCAUAUUUAACAGUUUUUUUUUGUUUAUUAUGUUGGUCUGGAAUGGAAAGGAGAGGUCAAAACAUCCAACUUUUUCAUUGACGAAACAACGACACUACAAAAACUAAUAUUGACAAAAUUCAAAUCUCACUUCAGUAAAUUGUCAUUUUUUACUUUUGGUUCUCUCUUCCCACAUACAUAAUUGUACCAGUUAGCGAAAAUGUAUAGUUCUGCUUUUACUUUAAAUCUCAGGUAGUUUGAGCUUUUUAUAUUCAUCGGUAUCUGGGUUGUUUUCUUUAGGCACGAAAAUGAAAAAAUAUAUAUAUACUAAAAUAGGGAGAGACUAGCGGAACUUGUAUGUUUUUCCAUUGCAAACCAUUUUGCUACUGUUCCCUAAUGAAUGCGACCUUGGUAAUGUACUCAAUGCACUCCCAACCAACUGUGACUAGGGUCGGGUUUCAAUAAUGGACUUUUUUGGCAUAGAGAAAAUAAGCCACAUCCUAUGCCACUACUUUAUCUGCUUGAAUAAAAUACAAAAUAGUAGCUAGCAAGAUGAAGAUCACAGAGGUCAUUUUUAAUGAGUGCAUUUCGCAAGUGGCUAGUUUGCAUCAACUACCUUAAUUGAAACCCCUCCAAAGGUGUUGCCUGCCAACUGGUUUUGAAUUGCAACAUUCUGGCAUGUCUGUCUCGUCAUUUUUUGGGAGAGUCCCCAGAUAUGGUUUAUUUUACUUAUCGACGUAAGUACAGUAGUUCUUCUAUCCCAAAAUAUUCCGGAAUUUAAAACCAGACCCUAGUCACUGUGUCGCCACGGGUCGGGUUUUGGAGACUAACAAACUGACCUUGUUUUGGGCUUUUAGUGCACUCUAAAACGUGUGGCAUUUCACAUUCACUGAAGCUGAUGGUCGUCUCGAUAUGGAACUUCAGGAAGUCAAAAUCACUGAUGGAUUAUACUUUUUUUUGGUAUGGAUUUGAAAAUGAAAUCCUUUAUAGGUUUGUUUCUUCCCGUGUCAGAUAAAAAUGCAAAAUAUGUAUACAUAUAAAAUACAUUUUGAUUGGUGAUAUAAACGGUGAGUUUCAGUUGAUUGUUUGUUAUUCACAGUUGGAAAUAUGAUGAUCUUGGUUGAUUGAAAAAAAUGAUUUGUCACGAGCACUGUGUUUUAACAUCCCAUUCCAGAUGUGAUCCUUCAGAAGCUGAUACAUACCGCCAUUUUAUGUCUAUAAUAUUGCCAUGCCAAUAUGUCCAGCCUAGAACCAAAUUCAGAGCAUUAAGUCACUAAUGUGUAGCUGCAGAGGUUGUACUGUUGUAUCUUUUUUUAGUGUCUUUAUUUGUGCUCGACUUCGAGGCAACAUAACUUAUCGCUAUUAAGGGCUGAAACAUCAGUUUUAUCGAGUUAUUUUUGCAAUGUUCUGUUAAGGGUUGGACGGAUGCAACUGACGCCCUGUUCACUACUGUGUAUGCCACUGGAUCUGUCCUAGACACAGAUUUUAUACAUUGAACAAAAAUAUAAACUCAACAUGCAACAAUUAUAAGAUAUUACUUAGUUACAGUUCAUAUAAGGAAAUCAGUUAAUUUAAAUACAUUCAUUAGGCCAUAAUCUAUGGAUUUCACAUG